AUGACAUUGCAUGCCUUUUCACUCCUAACUGAAGCUGCGACUCCACUUCGGUUCACGGUCCUAAACGAACAGCUCAGUCACCUCGCGGAGCUAGUAGGUAUCCCUGUUGACCAGCUCCGCUGCGUCACGUGUCUCUUAGCUGUGUACCCAUUUGCUGUCCUCGUGCAGAAACUGCCGUCGAUAACUGCAAAGCACUGGCUGCACAUUUGCGGUGGCGUGAGCAUUGCACAGUUCGUCUAUGGUACAGGAUGGCUCCACUCGCUCUUCUCGUCUCUGCUCACGUACGCCCUCGUGUGCUUCCUGCCCCCCGCACGCGCCUCCGUAGUAGUGUUCCUUACCAAUAUGGUGUACGUAGCAGCCCUGCACAUUCACCGCAUGCGGGUGAACUACAUGGGCUGGAAUAUGGACGCGACAGCGAGUCAGAUGCUGUUGCUUAUCAAGUUGACGGGCUUUGUAUUCAACUAUCACGACGGGGUGGUCCCGAGUGCCACAACGGCGGAGAAAGGAGACUCGGACCAUACGAAGCGCGUCAAGCAGGUGCGCAAACAGUUUGCUAUCCCCCAGAUCCCGUCACUGCUGGAGUUCCUGGGCUUCGUCUACUGCUUCACCACGUUCGUCGCAGGUCCAGCGUUCGAGUACAAAGAAUACCGUGACGCGAUUCAUCAGACUCGGUUCGUCGACAACAACGGCGUGCGACGGAAUGUGUCGCCUGCCCGAGCUGCAGUGUCCAAGCUGUUGCUUGGACUUGGACUCAUGGGACUCCUUGUGCAGUUUGGAGCUCUUGCCGACUUGAAGGAGAUUCUGAGCGAUGACCACCAGUCCAUGGUGACGAAAUGGGCUCGGCUCUUCGUUGCGCUGUUUCUUACGCGGGCGAAGUACUACGUAGCUUGGAAAUUGGCAGAAGGUGCCACAGUGCUCACAGGCGCUGGAUUUCAAGGCUUUGACGAGCAGAACCACCCCAGGGGAUGGGAUGCAGUCAGCAAUGUUGACAUUAUGGGUUUCGAGCUCGGGGCGAACGUUCGAGAGAUCUCACGCGCUUGGAAUAAGGGCACGCAGAACUGGUUGGAACGCUAUGUGUAUACCCGUACGGGCAACUCGUUGCUAACCACGUAUCUCGUCUCGGCGCUGUGGCACGGAUUCUACCCGGGAUACUAUCUCUUCUUCCUUACUUUGCCACUGGCAACGUCUGUGAACCGGUUAGCUCGACGCCACGUUCGCCCUUACGUUGUUGAUUGUGCUAUCAAGCCCCUCUACGAUCUCGUGGGCAUGAUCUGCACCGCAAUGGUGGUAAAUUAUUUGGCGGUAUCUUUCGUGGUGCUAUCGUGGGAAGAAGCUGUUGCAGGCUUCCGCUCUAUGCGUUUCGCUGGUCACGUUGGCCUAGUGGUUUGCUACUUACUCUUGACUUUCGUCCCUGUCAAGAAGUCUGCGAACUGCAACAAGACUUUGUAA